AAUACCAUUUCUCUGACAAUAACUUAUGUAAAGUACUGUAUGGAUACAAUUUCUCUGACCCGAACUUCUAUAAAACGCCCGAAUGUGUACAAAUAUAAUACCUACUGCAGCAAGUUUUGCCACCUUUUCUCUGGCUGCUGAGACUGCUGUGGCCAGUUUACAAUUCGCUCCCACACAAUCAAUACUGUUAAGAGGCUUCCUUCUCAUCAGUAGAGAACACAAAUCUCCAGGCAGGUGUGGCCAAUAGUACCAUCGUAACAUGGUCAUCAAUAUACAGACAAUACCAAAUGUACGACCAUGACCACUGACAGAUUGGAUGUUAAACAAACAUUCUCACUGCAUGAAAGUAAAUAUAUUUGUUUAUAAGUAAAUGUUUAGAAUAAGUACAUAUAUCUGACUUUGAACCAUCGACAGGAGUUGAUUGGGUUUGCUAUAGGUACAGGAUACAUGCUGAUUAUAAGGAGCUACUUUGGAUUACUAUUGACCCCUCAUCUAUAAGAUCAAACAUGCAGCCACUCUCCCAAAGGUCGUGGUAUACACAUUCUGUAAUACCUAUCUGCAGUCGUCGCUGAGCGCCCACCCGGAAAAUUCGUCCUUUACACUCACAGUUUGAAUCAUAAUGACACUGACCAACUGACUGAACACGGAUUACACAUCACACAAAUGCAAGAAAUUGAAACUUAUAUUGAAGUAAUGCCUGUUGCCACGACGAUGUUGAAUAUCAACCUAUCAUUAGCCAUGAAUACGGAUUAUAGUGUGAACCACAGUGACAUGGACACGAGUGGUUUCGAAAUGUCUCCCAAGGAGAUCCCUCACCCUAACAGCCUCGACUCGCUAAACAUUGAACGCUUCAUGAACGGAAUCAUGGCCAUCAUAAUUAUUGCGCUCGGCCUUGUGGGUAAUACUCUCACUGUCAUCGUGCUCACACGUCGGACAAUGCGAUCAUCCACGAACUGCUACCUCACAGCCCUUGCUAUCUGGGAUGGAUUUGUAUUAAUCGGAACUUUAAUUCUCAUUACCAUUCCUCAACUCUCGGAGUCUUUUCGUCACCAUGCCUUUGCAUAUGUGGCUGUGUAUAUCUACCCAUUUGCAUUGGUGGCACAGACGGCUACACUGUGGCUCACGGUGUCCUUCACAGUGGAGAGAUACAUCGCUGUGUGCCACCCACUUAAAGCUGUCCAAAUGUGUACAAUUGCUCGUGCCCGGAUGGUCAUUGUAUUUGUGUCUAUCACCUCGUUUCUGUUCAAUCUUAGUCGCUGGUUCGACUAUCGCAUUGAUUAUGACAAAGACAAUGCGACCAAUGCCACGAUCAUCAUCCACAACAGUACGGAGUUUGGUGGCAACAAGAUCUAUCACAGAGUGUACUUUUUGGGACUUUACUUGUUUGUCAUGUUUUUCAUUCCACUCCUAUCUCUUGCGAUAAUCAACACUUUCCUUGUCUUGGCCGUGAAACAAUCAAAAAAGCAACGCAUCGACAUGAAUGUACGACAACAUCGUGAGAACAAUGUGACCAUCAUGUUGGUUUCCGUGGUGAUUGUUUUUAUAAUCUGCCAAGUCCCUGCUCUUAUCUACAAUGUGGCAUACGCAGUCGACAUGGAGAGUGUUCAAACCUUACUCGGCUGGAAAGUCCUAUCAACGUUCAGGAAUUUUAUGGUUACUUUUAACAGCGCAAUUAAUUUCAUAUUAUAUUGUGCGUUUGGCCAGAAGUUUCGUCGCACCUUUAUGAAGACAUUUUGUCAGCGGUGCCUUAGGAGUGAGGAUUUUAACGCAUUCACCUACCCACAAUCCACUGUACUUGCCUCCAUGACACUUGGCAACAGUAAGUAUCGUGUGUUGCGGGGUAAAAAGAACCCUCAACUCGAGAUGACGGAUCUUACUUGUGCAUCUAAUACUACCCAUACCAUUUUAUUGUCCAAAUAUUCUCCGCAGACCUCGAAAAGCACCACACCAAUCCACAAAAUAAAAUACGAAAAUGGAAAAUUUAACAAUGCAGUUACUAAGAGAAACGGUGAUAUACAUAAGGAAGGUUAUGUCAGUGAGAUCGAGGAUGAACAGGAGGUUUGUGACAUUCUUAAAACACCAUUCUCAAGUGGAAAUCCUUCCCCAGUGUUGUAGAGUUGAUCGUUUCUAUAGAAACGAUACACACUCUCAUAGUGUUUGGAAUAUCAAAUCUUUAAAAGUCCAGGCCUCACAAAAACGUUCAGACAGGAAUGUGUGCUUUCAAUAUUUUCGGAUUUAUAUAUGAAAACAUAUCUUUGGAUACAAUGUGCAGAAAGUGUUCAUAACCGUGGGUGAUGUAUUUGAUUUUAAAUUUCUUUAUCAACACAGAUUAAAACCAUGUGAUUUGCUUCCUCCCACAAAAAUAACCAUCGUCCUUGUCUAUUUACCAGGCUUCCAGUCUGUUUAUUUACCAGGCUUCCAUCAACACUUUUCUCCACAGAAUUUGGAAUUAAAUUGUCUUUAAACUGAUGCAGUAAACAUUGUGUUCCCUGUACUGAAUUUAAAUUUGAUAACACACCUGUUAAAAUUCCAGAAAUCUUCAUCAGCGCAAGAUGUUAAGCUACGCCCCUGUCUGCUUGAAGUAGACUUUCAACUUUUGACUAUUAAAAUCAUCAAUGUACAUCAUU